AUGGGCGCGGCGCAGGCACCUUCCAUCGCCGACGAUGCUCACCUCCUCACGGCCGCCGAAGUCCUCGGCUACAUCCGCGCCGGCGAGCUGACGGUCGAGCAGUACGCGCAGGCGCUGCUGGAUCGCAUCGCCGAGCGCGACUCCCAGGUCCGGGCCUGGGCCUACCUGGACCGGGACCUCGUCCUCGAGCAGGCGCGCGCCCUCGACGCCGUGCCCUUUGAGCAGCGCGGUCCGCUCCAUGGCAUGCCUAUUGGCGUCAAAGAUGUCAUCUACACCAAAGGUGAGGUCCCGAUUUUUUUGUUAUUCCCGAGAACCCGCGUAGGAUCUCGGACCCCGGCCCCCUCGGCUCUCGCUAACCAGCCACCCCCCUCCCUCUUAGACAUGCCGACGCAGUUCAACUCGAGCGCCUACCAGGGCGACUUCCCAAAAGUUGACGCCGCGCCCGUCCAGCUCCUCCGGGCCGCCGGCGCGCUGCUCAUCGGAAAGACGACGACGACCGAGUUCGCCGCGACCGGCGAAGGCCCGUCCACGCGCAACCCGCACGACCCGUCGCGGACGCCCGGUGGCUCGUCCUCCGGCUCCGGCGCUUCGGUCGGCGACUUCCAGGUGCCCGUCGCGCUCGGCACGCAGACCGGCGGCUCCGUCAUCCGACCGGCGUGCUUCAACGGCACGUACGGCUUCAAGCCCACCUGGGGCCGUAUCUCCCGCGAGGGCCUCAAGUUCUUCUCCGUCACCUACGAUACGCUCGGCUUCUUCGCGCGCGGCGUCGACGACCUGGUGCUGCUAGCCGACGCCUUUGGCCUGCACGACGACUCCUCGCUGCCCUCGCCCUCGCCGUCCUUAUCCCCGUCGCUAGACUCGGUGCGCGGGCUGAGGCUUGCCGUGCUCCGGACCAUGAUGUGGCCGCACGCCGGGCCCGGUACGCGCGCCGCGAUGGACCGCGCGGUGGCGCUGCUACGCGCGCGCGGCGCCGUCGUCGAGGACGUGGAGCUGCCGGCCGCGUUCGACCGGCUGCCGGCGUGGUACGACGUGGUGCUGGCGCGCGAGGGCGGCACCGCGUUCCUGCCCGAGUACCGGGCGCACCGGGCGCACCUCGGCGCGCUGCUGGUCGGCUACGCUGAGACCGGAGGCGGCUACUCGCACCGCGCCUACCUCGAGGCGCUCGACGGCAUCGCCACGCUGCGGCCGCGCCUCGACGCGCUGCUUGAGGGCUACGACGCCGCGCUCACCCCGAGCGCCCCGGACGAGGCCCCCGAGGGCGCCACCACCGGCAGCUACCUCUUCUGCAAGAUGUGGUCCGCCCUGCACGUCCCCGUGCUCAACACUCCCGGCUUUCAGGGCGCACACGGCAUGCCCAUCGGUCUGUCGCUGCUGGCGCCGCGCUUCAGGGACGCGCAGCUGCUCGCCGUCGCGGCGCCGGUGGGAGCGCUCCUCGAGGCAGAGGGCGGCUGGACGCGCCGCGUUCAUCACAGCAAGGUAAUGACGACGAAUGAACAUUACGAAGAAUCAGCGAGCAAGAUGCGGUUAAACGGCACCAGCGGCCAUAACGGUACGAAUCACGCGUAG